AUGGCAGUCGUCCCAGACAGAGGCGGAGGUGCCUGGUGGCAACGUCUACUGCAAGAACUUGCUCUCGCGGCCCCUCUGGCGCUCGGGGGGUACUAUAUGGUCAAAUACAUCCUGAGGCAAAUGAAUUUCGACCCCGAAGCGGAGCAAAGAGAACAGACGCGCCUGCAAUCAGCAGCUAUCUUGCGAAGACUAGAUGAGCCUCAACAGAAUUCCCGCGCCAAAUCUCAGAACCGGCUUCAAGAGGGGAAAGAAGAGCUACGAUUGUCGCCAUAUGAACAAGUCAUUAUACAAGAUCUGGUGUUUGCGGAAGAUAUCCCUGUAUCAUUUGAAGAUAUUGGUGGAUUAUCGGAUAUUAUAGAGGAGCUUAGGGAGUCAGUGAUAUAUCCAUUGACCAUGCCAGAUCUCUAUUCGACAUCCUCGUCAUUACUCUCGGCACCUUCUGGAGUUUUGCUGUAUGGGCAACCUGGUUGCGGGAAGACGAUGCUGGCCAAGGCACUUGCCCACGAAAGCGGAGCAUGUUUCAUCAACCUGCAUAUUUCAACCUUGACGGAGAAAUGGUUCGGCGACUCAAACAAGCUCGUGAAUGCUGUAUUUUCACUCGCGCGGAAAUUAGAACCGGCCAUUGUUUUCAUUGACGAGAUCGACGCUGUCCUAGGUACGCGUCGCAGUGGGGAACACGAGGCAAGUGGAAUGGUGAAAGCAGAGUUCAUGACCCAUUGGGAUGGGCUGGCUUCUGCCAACAAGUCGGGUCGUCCUCAACGGAUCUUGGUUCUGGGUGCGACCAACCGCAUCCAGGACAUUGACGAUGCGAUUUUACGACGGAUGCCCAAGAAGUUCCCCGUGUCUCUCCCCAACGCCUCGCAGCGGUUGAAGAUUCUUAAGAUCAUCCUUCGAGACACCAAAAUCGACGCCCCGAAUUUAGAUCUGGAGUAUUUGUCAAGAAUGAUGGCCGGGAUGUCAGGAAGUGAUAUCAAGGAAGCAUGUCGAGAAGCAGCAAUGACCCCCGUUCGUGAGAUGAUUCAACGCCAAAGGCAGAGUGGACAGCAAAUGGAGCAUAUGAAGCCCGGUGUUGUUCGAGGCCUCCGAACGAGCGACUUCUUCAUCAAACCGUCGGCGAGCGAUCGGAUCAAGCCCGUGGAUGGAGAUAAGGAUGGCAGUGAAUGGAGCAGUGCAUCAUCGUCACCCGUAGAAGACUCAAACAUGAGGGACGCUGUGGAAGAGAUCUAG